UACAACGCAUGAAUAGAUCUUAUGGCAAGUCAGUCAGUCUGUCAAUAUCGUCACGAGGAAGGUUGUAGAACUUUUGCGUUUUGAUUUAAAGUCCACUUGCAACCGACUGAAGAUUUGACACAAAGCCAGGAAAUCGUCGUGCGGGGUAUCGAUGAAAACACGCUUCCGUAGUUUUACAUCUCCAGCCAAACCCGGAAGGUGAAUUCUCAAACUAUGAUACCAUCGGAACAACAUCUGCUCCUUGUUUCAUAUUGUGUACAAAAACACAACAAUCUCAGGUGUUCCCAGCAAUGACAGCAACAUCGACGUUGGUUCAACUUUGAAGAAUGUGGAGUCUUUACAUUCCUGUAUUUCUAGUUUCGACCUCUUUGGCCGUCACAGGAGACAGACAAUGUGAGUGGGGGAAAUAUGGCGAGCACUGUAACUUGACUUGUCCUGUGAACUGUGCCCUAGUUCCACCAAGAAAUGUUCAGUACUGUGACAGAAACACGGGGAAGUGUCUUGGGGGAUGCCAGAAUAGUUGGCAUGGUGAUCUAUGUGACCAAUCCUGCAGCACAAGCUGUCUCGACAAGACCUGUAACAAGCAAACUGGGCACUGUACACUUGGCUGCUAUGGAAACAAUAUGGGUUUUUUCUGUAAUGGCACAGGAGAGUGUGACCGUGGCUGGUAUGGAGAUACGUGUGAACAUCCCUGCAGCAGCAACUGUGUGGAGGAAAGAUGCCACCAUUCAACUGGAGUCUGUACACUGGGCUGCAGUGGGACUUAUACUGGGGAGUUUUGUAACAUCAUAACAGAAACUUCUCUGACUCCGGCUGUGAACAAGAAGGAAGAAAUAAUCAGCCUGAUUACCACACCGGCUCGUGUGUUCCUGUUUGGAGUUAUAGCAGUCGUACUUGUAGUCAUACUCGCAACUGUUGUACAAGUCAUGCUGUUCUUAAGAUGGCGGAGACACGUGAAGAGUUCACAAAGACCAGCAACAGCUGACGGGGAAGGUUUGCUUGGAGAUUUACUGAAGGAAGUGUUGCAGAAAACAGAAAAUUACCCAUUGACGAACAACAACCACGGGGGGUUGAAGAACACCACCGUCAUAUGAAGAGUACAUUGGCGCCGGCUGGCUGAUCAGGACCAAGGGUGUCUGCCAUCACCUUCUCAGCAGUAUCGUCAGCCGACCGGAAAGGAUUAUUUCGGGCUUGCGCCUUCACUCGGCGACAAUUGAUUAUUGAAUCAACUCGAGAAGAUUUUAUCAUUACUCAAUGAUUGGCGGUUAACGUAUUAGAUAAGUUGAUUUAUUAAUUAUUUUGUCAACCUAUUUUCUCACUCUCACGUCAGUCAAUACACAGGGAGUAGCGGGGUGAUUGGAUAUCUUUACCUGACUCAAGGUGACUCGUGAUACAAAUCUAAAUUAAUUAAAUUUAAAACAUUUAGGAUAUAGAUUGCCUACAACUGAAGGUAGAUCACCAUACUAGGACUAUGCCAGAACUACAAGAACACUAGUUGGAAUUAGUUAAAACAUACUUCUUUGUUCCCAUUUAAUGUAAUUAAAUAUUCUACUAAUCCGUUCGUCAAUAUAUACACUGCCUUAUUAUCUUUUACACUUUCUAUCAUCAACUAAUCUUACCUGUAAAAUCUACAAUCAAUCGAAUGGUUUGUUCAUCGUAACUGUCGAAUCAACUAAUCAAUCUUCAAAAGUUAAACCGCUAUGGAUAUCGAAACAAAAUUAAUCAAUCAAUUUUUAAAAGUUUACCCUCAAUGAAGUAAAUCUCUUUUAUUUAAAACAUAUAUAAUCAUAUAAUCUCCUUUGAUCUUGGUGCAACUAUGUUGGCCGUUUUCCCUUGGCACAGAGGCCGUUUUCUCACGGUUCGGUGGACGUUUUCUCUAGCGCUAUGGCCGUUUUCUCUAGCGCUUUGGUUGGUAGAAGGUUGGAGUCUUUUGAUGUAGAUAGCGUCUCGUAGUUUCCUGAUUUUACCGUCUUUGAGAUUUGUCGUUAGGGUUGUGACCCACUGGAUGCUGUGGUCGGUAUUGUCUUGGAUGUGGUCUGAUAUAUUCUGAUAGGGCUGAUUUGGAGUCAAGUUUAAAUCCUGAGGUCUGAUGCUCAUGGAUUCGGCUUUUUAAGGAUCUUACUGUUUCGUCGUUCUUGAACCUAACCGUAGCUCUCACUGUAAUAAAGUUGGUCGUCCAUAUACUGUCAUCCUUCCUUACUGCUCAAACUUCUAAAUGCCUCCCAAGAAAUAUAAUGGAUGAUGUUCGUGUGUUAUACGGUUUUCCUUCACUAUUAUGUAUUUUGUACGAGCAUCAUUGUGUAUGUUUGCUGUUAUGUUCUUGCAAUCGGUGUGUAAUAAUCCAUGCAUGCAUGAUGCAAUACUACGUAUCUGAAGUCACGUUCUUUAAAUGUAUCUUCACAGAUUUGAUUCCUUUACUUAACCAAGAUUGUGUCUCUUUGGCGAACUAUAUCACAUGUUAUAUAUUGUAUUGUCUUCUUUAAUCAAAAUGUUUUAGUUUAACAUACUAGUUUUUAUAUUCCUACAUGUGAUCCUCUAGUAUUUUACUGUCCAACGUCGACAGGUUUUAUUCUUCAAAAUGUUUUCAUUUGUUAUUGCAUCAAUUGUUUCAGUCAAGAUAUGGCUGAAAUAUUGCCGAAUGACGUUAAAUAUUAACUCACUCACUCACCAAAAAAGACAAAGACAAAGGGGUUGGGUAUUAGUGCACCAAUUAGUGUCACCGUAUCCCUAAAUGCGGUUUAACAAAAUGUUACAGUUUGUGUUGGAAGCGCGACAUUGUGUCAGUGUUCAUGUACAUGCUUGAGAGUGAAAAAAGGUGUACGUCUGAUACAUCUACCACAUAUAGACUACACAAUGUCAUUUAGUGGUCCAAUGUACCAUAUGUUAUGUAUGGGAUUACACUUUCUCAGUAAAGUGAAGAUUCUAGUACUUCUGUUGGUGUGGGUUCAACACAGCCAAGUAAAGUACUAGAAUCUGUACUUUAACGAGAAAGUGUAAUCACAAAUAUAUCAUGUGUUACAAUAUACAGAUUGAACUAAAAUCAACAGUUUGGAGAGUAUAACACUAUGCUAGCUGCUGAACCUGUUUGUCGUUACUGUAUAGUGUGUACAGAUAGGAAUAUGAUUUUAUUCAACUCAACCUGUGUAACUGAACGAAAUUAAUGGUGUUAGUUAAUGUAUACAUAUUGUUAAAUAUAUAUUUGAAAAUACAUAUGAGUUAUUAGUCUGACAAUAUUUUUUUUAUGGUUGUUUAUUUUGUUGCAUUUUUCAACAUUUUAUACAAACAAAUAACAGUGAUAUUCCAGUAUUCAUGAUGAACAAUCAAAUAGUUUUAGCAGAAUAAAUCAUGGCAUGACGACCAAAACAUGUAGAAAGCAUUGAUAUUACAACUAAUUAUUGACGAACACUUUGUUAACAUAUAAUAUUCAAACAGUUUAUGUUGAAAAACU